GACGUGGAAAGUAGGUAACCUGAUAAAAUACAAUCUAAAUAAAACUGUACUUCCAAAUGCUACGAGACAUGAUUGAUGAACUAAAUAUUUUACCUCUCCUCUGAAGGCUCAUGUCAACCAAAUAUUUAAGCAAAAAAAAAACUUCGUAUCUUUACCAGUUCGUGGACACGUGACGAUGUUAUUGUCCCUCCGCGAGGGAGACCUCUGCUCUGCCACCGCUCAAGCGAGAGGCGGGGCUCGAGCAGAGCAGAGCAGAAGCGGAGCGGCAGUCGUUGCACAUUUUAAGCUCAGUCUGCCUCUCAUCACAUCUAUGGACGGACGGAGCUGAAAACAAAAGGCUUAGUGACUUGACAGCUGUCUUAUGUCGAAUAUGUGCGAUCCAAAACCAUCAGUCAUUUAGAAGAAACGCACAGUGGAAAGUAUCGCAGUUUAUUUUGUGUGCAGCACGUCACUUGCAGCUUUCACAUCAGUGCGCGCGGGCUACAGAAUUCCAUCAGAUGCUCAGAGGAUGGAGUUGGACCGCAGAGAGGCGCCUCUGUAUGGCCAGGUGGAGGCCCGUGCUACAUUGCAGGUUCCGGAUGCAGAAGAACAGGCCGAGUUCUAUGUGGUUCUAGAAGGUUCCAGGCUCACCCAUGUGACCGUGGCCAAGAGAACAGAGGAUGGAGCCUCCCUAAGCUUCACGGUUCCAGGUCACGACCUCCCAGAGGCUGUCUCUGUGUCCUCCUACUGCCACACCAGAGGGUUGGCCAAACCAUGUGAAGGCAGAGCUUCUCUGAAAUACAUCCAGGAUACGGUGCAGGAAGUGGUGGAGUACCUGGUGACCAAUGGCGACCAUCUUGAUCACCAAAGCUACCUGGAGGUCCUGCGGAUUAUCUCACAAGAGGGUGGAGCCAAGAACGGGACUGGUGGCCCAGGGGGGGAACCUUGUCCUGGGCAGGGGUACCAGGAGGAUAGGCCUGUGGUGGAUGGAUGUAGCCCAGAGGAUGAAGUUACGCUCCGGAAGAUGGACGAGAGGAUAACCCUGGCCAUGGCUAACAUGGAUCAUCCUCCACUGUGGAGCAGCAUGGGGAGCCAGCCAAGAGAAGCUGACCUCCAGCCCAGAGAGACCCUUCUCCAUCUUUCCGUCCGACUCGGGCUACUCCAUCUCUCCCGCUUCCUUAUUCGACAGCCCAGGGGUCAGAGGGCACUGACCUUGCCCAAUCUGGAGGGGGACACACCCCUUCAGCUGGCCCAGAGAAGGGAAGACCACGCCCUUUUCCGCGCGCUCGCCAUCCCCCCUAUCUCCACGGCGGCCCCUCCCGUCGGGGUGACCUGCGUGUGGUCCGACAGCUCCCGGGCCCUGCUUUUCUGUCCCGGGUCGGACGCCCUGACCCUCACGGCCCAGCGGGCGGUGGCGGGCAGCGCUCUGGACGCCGUGGAGUUCCUCAGGGACAGAUGGACGGAGCAGGACAUCGCCCGACAGAUCACCGAGCUCAGAGGUGAGGCUCGGCUGAACCACAGAGACCGAGAGGAGCUCCUCCACAGCACAAUGAGAGACAGAGACGAGAACAGUCAUACAGGUGGGCCUGGGAAGCUCCAGGUGGACCAGCUCGCUUUGGACAACGUUUUUGAAGAGGAGCUCGUUCUCUCGUUGGAUGACGACGAGGAGCUUCAGCCAUCAAUAACGAUGAAGGGCCAGAUGGCCUCUGCUGUGUCUAUGACCAACGGAGGGAGUCCCGCCCGAUUGGUCAGCGCGCCAAUGACUCAGGGGAAUGAUGUGUAUGGGAUGAACAGUGUUGCCGGGGUAACCAGGGACAGCUCUGGGACAGACAGCCGUGCGUGGGACCCGGUGCACGCCGAAUCCCUCCACCAGGCCACAGACACGCCCCCGCCACCUCCCGACCUCCAAUCAGACGACGGCCAGCCCUUGGCCCCUGCGAUGUCCACCCCCGUCCUCCCCUCCUCCUCCCCCGCCGACCAGGCCCUCGCCAGACUCAAAAGCAUCUCGCACUCUGACCCGACCAACCGCGCGGAGGCCACGCCCUCGGAGCCCUGUGACCUCAGCCCCACUCUGGUCUCCCUGGAGGUGGACAGCGAGGACGAGGGUCCGGGGCCCGUGUCUCCCCUCUCGCUCCUCCCCUCGGACCCUCGGAGCAGCGGGGACGAGAGGGACGCCGUCGACCCCUCCCCCGACCUGGCCUGCACCCGCUCGCACUCCAGCUCCUCGGCAGGCGAGGCGGCUCCCUCCAAGGACGUGGGCGACCCGGGGAUCCGUCUGCGCUCCUACUCCUACUCCUCCCCCAAGGUCCUCCUGCGCCCCGCCCACUUUUCCCGAGAGCACGCCUCCGCCUCUUCCUCCUCCAACGCAGCGGCCAACCCCGGCUCAGACGGCGUGUUCCACAACCUCUGCCACAGCCGAUCUCUCCUGCAGGCCCUCUCUCUGUCUAAAUCUCUCUCUCUGCUCCACCCCGGUAAACAACGAGCCACCAGUCUGACUGACCCUCCACAAGAUAAAAGGGAGAUCAAGUUUCGGAAGCGUGCCCAGUCGGCAGACGACGAGGGCAGCGUUGAGCUGGCAGAAUCCCUCCAGCACCUCACCCUCUCAGAGUUCCUCAAAGAGAUCGAGGAGGAGGAGUGGGACAACUACAGCAUCCCAUCCAAAGUGGAGUCGGAGAAGUACAAAGUGAUCCGCACCUUCAGUUUCCUGAAGAGCCGCAUGUCGAGCACACGGAGCAAGAACAAGGGGAAGGCAAAGGAGAAGGAGAGAGAGGGGAAGGACCGGCUGCUGAACGGCCACCGCUUCUCCUCGGGGGCGUGCGCCGGCCCCACCGUCUGCCUGGUGUGCGACAAGCCGGCGCCGGGGAAGGACCUGCUCCACUGCGCCGGCUGCACCGUUCUGGUUCACAAGGGCUGCAAGGAGUCGGCCCCGCCAUGUCUGAAGAAACUCCACGACAAGUACGCGGUGACCACGGCGAAGAGCAGGACCUCCUCCCUCCCGCAGAACUUCACGGUGAGAGAGAGCCCGUCGCCGACGGCGAUGCCCACCUCUGCCUCCGUGCCCGUCAUGACGCCUAAGGAGCGACGGGAGCCCGCCCCCUCCCUGCUGGGCUCUCUGCCCAGCCCCCUGUCCAGGAGCGCCACCGACAGGCUCGGCGAGAGCCCUGAGAUGGAGAACGACAGCUGGAGGAUGUCUGGCCAAUCAGAGGAGCUGCUGCAGACCACCGAAUCCUCCGCCUCCACUGACUCCUCCCUCGGUGAAGACGGCGUGGACGCCUGUCUCCAGAGCGACCUGGCGGCAGACGCUCUGGACUACGAGGCCGAGUCGUGGAGCCUGACGGUGGAGCACAAGUUCUGCAAGAAGCAGGACAAGCGCGUCGUGAAGAGGCAGGACGUCAUCUACGAGCUGAUGCAGACGGAGUUGCACCACCUGCAGACGCUGUGCGUCAUGGCGGAGGUGUUCCGGCGGGGCAUGAGGGAGGAGGUGCUGCUGGAUGCUGAGGCGGUGGGCCGGGUCUUCCCCUGCCUGGACGAGCUCCUCCUCUUCCACCACGGCUUCUUCAGCGCCCUGAGGGAACGCCAGAGUAGCUCCGCCCACCCCCGCGGCCACGGCAACUACCUCAUCCAGCACAUAGGAGACGUCCUGAUGCAGCAGUUUUCCGAGGAGAACGCCGAGCGGAUGAAACAGGUGUACGGAGAGUUCUGCAGCCACCACAACGAGGCGGUCAGCUUCUUCAAAGAGCUCCAGCAGCAGAACAAACGCUUCCAGCUCUUCAUCAAGCAACAAAGUAUAAAUUCCCUGGCCCGGAGGAGAGAAAUCCCAGAAUGCAUCCUGCUGGUCACCCAGCGAAUCACAAAGUACCCAGUGCUGCUGGAGCGUAUACUGCAGUACACCCAGGAGGAGACAGAGGAGCAGGCGGACCUGUCCCAGGCGCUGGUUGGGAUCCGGGAGGUGAUCGCUGCGGUGGACCUGCGGGUCAGGGAGUACGAGCAGGACCAGAGGCUGCAGGACGUGCUCGGCAGGAUCGAGAACCGCAGCUCGGCCAAGCUGAAGAACGGCUCCACUUUCCGCAGGCAGGACGUCCCGGGGCCGGGCCGCACGCUCAGACACCAGGGGGCGCUGCUGUGGAAGACGGCCACGGGGCGGCUCAAAGAUGUCCUGGCCCUCCUGCUCACAGACAUCAUCAUCUUCCUACAGGAGAAAGACCAGAAGUACAUCUUUGCAGCAGUGGACCAGAAGCCCCCGGUGAUCUCGCUGCAGAAGCUGAUCGUGCGCGAGGUGGCCAACGAGGAGCGGGGCCUGUUCCUGAUCAGCGCGUCGACGGCGGGCCCCGAGAUGUACGAGGUGCACACCUCCUCCAAGGAGGAACGCAACACCUGGAUGAGGCUCAUCAGGGAGGCGGUGGAGAGCUGUCCAGAGGAAGAGGAGGAAACCACCAGCGAAUCCGAGGAGGAGAAACGAGCCGCCGAGGCCCGCGUCCAAAAGAUCACCAAGCUGCAGGAGAGUCUGGGCAGUCAGGACCAGCAGAUCUGCUCCAGCCUGGAGGAGAAGCUCCAGUUCUACGCCCAGCUCUCCGCCCUCAGCGCCAGGAGGGAGGAGCCUCAUCCCAAGCCCCGCCUCCUGGUGCAGCCCCACCCAGAGGAGGUGCCCCAGGCCGCGGUGCUGCUGACGGCCGCGCUCCGAGAGGCUGAGCGCCUGCGAGCCACUCUCACCUCCAGGACGUGCUCCCCAUCCAGCCCCGUCAGGGACCCAGAGACAGAGCCCCUAUCCCUGGGCAGCAGCCCGUCCUCGCCCCUGGGGCCCUUCUCGGACCCAGAGCCCUCGCCUGGGGAGCACGAGGUCAGGGAAGGGGGCUGGACCGACUCCGAAGUCCUGGUCCUGCAGUCUCUGAGCCACCUCCAGACACCAGACAGCGGUAACAUCAACCUCAAGGUUGCUCAAAGUGUUCAAAGCCUGACUCAGUUGCUGUACAGUCUACAGGCGGCCGUGACCAUCCAGGACAGCUGCUACGAGGUCCAGCGGCUCCUCCUCCUCGAGGCCCAACGCUCGCCGCCGCGGAGCGCCGGCGCGCCCCACCCGCCCUGCCCCCGCGCCGGCGCCCUGCAGGAGCAGGAGAAGCAGCGCAACCUGGAGAAGCGGCGCGAGGAGGCGGCAGCCGCCGCCCGCCUCCACGGCCGCCUGCGCCAGGAGCGCCUGCGCUGGGAGCGCGAGUGCCAGGCGCGGCACAGCCGGCACAGCGAGCUGGAGGGCCGGCUGGAGGAGCGCGAGAGCCACUGCCUCCUGGAGGCGGAGAGGCUGCGCCGGGAGAGGGAGGAGCUGCGCGAGCAGCUGGAGGAGUACCAGCAAAGCCUGGAGAGGCUGAGGGAGGGCCAGCGGAGCGUGGAGAGGGAGCGGGAGAGGCUGGAGACCCAGCAGAAGCUGCUGCAGAGCUGGAGGCACAGCCGGCAGAGGAGCCUGCCCGUCAUGGUCAUCCCCUUGGACGGCCUGCAGGACUGCCCCCCUCCCGGUCAGCCAGGCGGCAAUCUAGGCGACGGCUCGGUGUUUGUCAAUGAGGCUGCGUUCACCAGCGCAACGCUCAACAACCGCCACCGCCACGUCGCCAGGGGCUACGCUGACGAUGCCAGCGCCCACAACAGCCUCAACAGCUUGCUGGCGCGCUCCGGCCACAGGCAGCCGUCCCUGGUCAAGCCCCUGCAGCCCCACACAGACCCCCCAGGCUGGGCACGGGGCACGGGUCACCUCUAUAGGCCACUAGCGGGACCAGGGACUGAGGUGACACCCAAUGACGCAAACACACACAGAUGUGUCAGGGAGGCCUGGUCGUCCGCGGCAACAGGAGUGGGCCACUUUCCAGGAGCAGCGACUGACGGCGACCCCCAGCUGGACCUCACCUCGCUAGUCUCCAUGGAGACGGAGAGCGGGGAAGAGGAGGGCGUCGAGGAAAACAUUGUUUACCUCUGAUUGUGUAGGCAGCGACUGGGCGGUUUCACUUAAGACCCCCCCCCCAAAAAACAGGAAGUGAGUCCUGGAAGCUCAGCAUCGAUUCGAUUUCCAGAAACGUUAUUUGACGGGACCCCAUGCAUCACCCAGGCUGAUGGCGGACAGUGGCUAGACCCCUGCGCUCAUCUCCGAGCACGUCGUCUGCAGGCGUUCAACAGGCUCUCCUCUCCCACUGUGAUAGUUCUAGACCAGACAGGCAGUCAUUAUGUGCGUGGGUUGGAGUGCGGUUGUGUGUGUGUGUGUGUGUGUGUGUGUUUGGGGAGAGCGCGGGAAGGGAAGAGAGGUGGAGGGGGAGAGAGAUGGAGAGGCUGACCUCAGGACUGACAGGGUGGCUGGGUGCCUGAGGCCUCUGGUGACAGAAUCAGGUUGCUUUGUUCUCCCCGGCCUCUUAUCGUUUGCCAUUCAUUUCCUUUCCUUCCCCCUCUCUCUCUCUCUCUCUCUCUCUCUCUCUCUCUCUCUCUCUCUCUCUCUCUCUCUCUCUCUCUCU